GAUCGCACGUGUUUGCUUGAUUAUCUGGGAGCGUGGAAUUUCAUGACCGGUUGAGUCACCCAAUAAUCAAUCUUCUUCAAUCUCAUAUUGAUUGUACACAGCUUGUAAUGCUUCUUCAUUAGCUUUGAAUUCCUGCAACGAUCAUCCAACAGUGUCCCGAACAAAAGGCAUCUGUGAAAUACUACCUGCAUGGCUCUCAAUUAGAAUAAAAUUACACACGCAUAUGUAUACACACAGUAAACCCUAGAGAGAGAGAGAACCCUAGAGAUGGAUCCAGAGCAGACGUUCAUCCGAGUACAAGAACGGUUCUCGCAGAUGCUGACGCCGAGAAUAAGGGCUUCUCUGGAGUAUUUGUUUCUCUUUGUAGCAAUCACUUUGUUCUGUAUUCUGGUCGUCAUGCACGCCAAUUACGUUCAACAGCCUGGCUGUUCAAGUGAGCUUUCUGGAAUUGAGACAACAGAAGCGCAACUUAUUCAGAUCAAGAUUACCAGUGCUGGCUUGUGGUCACAAAACGAUUCUGAAUAUACUGUGAUAGAUGCUCCUGAGAAAGAAACCGAAAUUGAAACUGAAAAUCUGAAAAUGGAAAAUGUGGAUGAAGAUGGAUCGACAUUUUUGGCUGCUAAGUAUUGGUUGAACUGGAUUGGUUCCGGUGCUAGGAGGGGCAAAGUGGCACCAAAAAUCUGGAAGACUGAUAAUGAACUACUUGAAACUCAGGCAGAAAUUUCUACCAGCAGUGAAAUCUCUAAGUCAACAGUUGAUGAUGCUGUCCUUAAAAUCAAUAAAGAGGAGUCAAGUAGCAGGUUCCCUAUAUCUGCUAAGGAAUCUUUUAAAGCAGCAAUAAUUCACAUAUGCAGAAAGUGGUAUGGACGUUUAUCUUUUCUUUGGAGACAUGCAAAGCGAAUCCUUGGAAGUUUAUGGGAUAUUGCAGGUAUACACUUGAAUCUUGACAUUCCCAAGUGGCUAUGCAUACUUCACUUGGACAGGCUUAACUCAUUUGCAGUGCAGUGGCUUGAAAAGAGAAGCAAAGCUUUUGAACCAACUUAUUUAUACACUAUGGAAAAGGGUUAUUUCUUGCUGCCUGAUGGAGCCAAGUCUCAGCAUAACAUACGUACUGCUAACAUUAGCAUAUCAGCUCGGCAUUCAUGCUUUGGGAACAGAUGGCAGCAACUGCUGAUAAACAGACUUGUGGGAUAUGAUACUAUUUUGAUGAAUAGUUUGUUGAAUUCUCCUGGUCAAGGGUAUCUUUAUAAUUACCAAACAAAGGAGUUCUAUAAUCUCACUUAUGCACACGAGCAACCCGAAGGUUCUGCAAGAUUUGGAGAUUACCUCGUGACCAAGUGUGGAGUACUUAUGAUGUCACUAUUUGUUUUCUUCACAACUACAAUGUCAGUUUCAUUUACAUUGAGAGAGACACAAACUCGAAUGCUGAAGUUCACAGUGCAACUUCAACACCAUGCUCGUCAUCGGCUUCCAACAUUCCAGUUGAUUUUUGUGCAUGUAAUUGAAUCCCUCGUCUUUGUACCGAUUAUGAUUGGAAUCCUAUUUUUUCUGUUUGAGUUUUAUGAUGAUCAGCUGUUGGCUUUCAUGGUCUUAAUUCUUGUCUGGUUGUGUGAACUAUUUACGCUGAUCAGUGUCCGCACACCAAUAUCGAUGAAGUUCUUUCCUCGCUUCUUUUUACUCUAUUUUCUGGUGUUCCAUAUCUAUUUCUUUUCAUAUACUUAUGGUUUUUCGUAUCUGGCUCUCUCUACUACUGCAGCAUUUAUGCAGCACCUCAUCCUUUAUUUCUGGAACCGUUUUGAGGUUCCAGCUCUACUAAGGUUUAUGCAAAAUCGGCGGUUGCAGUUUCAGCAACACCCAGACUUCCACAUUACCUCCUCUACAAUACUUGCCUCAACGUUGCAUAUCACCAGAUUAAACACAAGGAACCCAGGUCCAGUUAAUGCAGACCCGACAUCUGAAAGUGGGGUGAGAGCCGGACCUAAUCUGGCAAUGCCACCAACUGGUGAUGAAGCACAAUUUUCUGGAAUACUUGAACCAUCAGAGAAUAACAACUCAGAUAGAGUAGACAACCCUCUCCAGAUUACGGGGCAAGCAGACCUCCACCAAGCAGAAGCUGCUACCAAUCCUGGGACUAUGAAUUCAUUUAGUUCCUUGUUAUUGUGGAUAUUAGGGGGGGCUUCUUCCGAAAGCCUUAACUCAUUUCUUUCUAUAUUUAGAGAUGUGAGGGACCGAGGUCAAGUUUACGCAGACUCCCCUCGGCAGGAAAACCGUGCAACACAGACUACUCGAUAGGAGGAAGAAGUGUAUUUGAAAGGGAUUCGUAAGAGGGUUGGUAAGCCUGUUUAAUUAUGUAUGUAAUCUCGAUUAUCAUAGCACGUGUUUACUAGAAAUAGUAAUGUGUAUAGAAAUGGUGCAGGAUUCAUAUGAGGGGAAAAAAGGGGAAAAUAUAAAUAACGAAAACCUACUGAUCUGUUAACCAUCAUAUUUUAAUAGAGGACCACACUUUUCAUAGAGCAACAUGGUUCAGGAGUUAAGAUUCCUUUCAGUGUGGGUGGUAGAUUUUUCGCAUUGUGUGUAUGUCCUGAUCUUCAAUAUUUAAAAAAUAAAAAAAUAACUAGUUCCUUGAGGUAUCA